AGACGUUGAACAGAAGCAGUGCGACCAUAUGCAGCCCAAGAUGGGUAAUAUGGAUAUCGAUUAUCAGGUUUUUCAUGAUGCAUUCUUCAAAUAUCAAACAAAACCCAAGUUGACUAGUCAUGGUGAUCUGCAUUAUGAAGGGAAAGAGUUUGAGCUGAAGCUUAAGAUAAUGAAACCAGGUAUGCUGUCCCAGGAGCUUAAGAAAGCUCUUGGUAUGCCUGAUGGUGCCCUGCCCCCAUGGCUUACCAGGAUGCGGUUCGUUGGUCCUCCACCCUUUUAUCCUUAUCUGAAUAUCCCAUGUUUAAAUGCCCCAAUCUCUCCUGGAACCGAUGAGGAAGAACCUCUCAAUCGCAGCAAACACUGGGUAGAUUCAGAAGACGAAGAGGAUGAAGAGGAAGAAGAGGAGGAACUAAUUAUUCAUGCGGAAAUAGAAGAAGGCAUUCGGUCUGUUGACACCAUCUCAAGUACUCCAGCUGCUGUGGAAACACCUGAUGUUAUCGACCUUCGAAGCUGCAGAGGAAGGAUGCAGAUAAUCAGCCAGGUAUGUGCUGGUGGCAGCUCAAGAUAAACCGUGUCAUCAGGCGGCAGUAUUGGUGAUGGACCUGGGGAAUUGGGAAAGCCUCCAAGUGACAGGUAACUUACCUAUUAAAAAGUUUCGUUUUACACCAUCUAAUAAUUGCUACAUUUCCUUUGUAAACCUGCUAUUGUUUCUUUCCAACUGCAUAGGCACCCAACCCAGUAUAUGAAAAUGUUUUUGGAUUCCUGCAUCACGAUGAACCUUGUAAAUUAAGUUAGUCGCAUUGCAGUAUGGUUUCUCUUGAGCAGAACUAACAUUUGCUUUCUGCAAUUAUGGGGGAUUGGAUGAUUUGCCCCACUUUACAAGGGGUUGGAUGAUUUGCCCUGUGAUUGUCUCAAUGACAGUGGCCCCGGGCCCCACCCGGUAGCCUCUCAGGGGGGGGGGGGCAAAUGAUCUUAUGGAGAAGUAAAGUGGGGCAAAAGAUCCAAUUUCUCCUGCAAUUAUGUAGGGAGAGGAAUUGGACGAAGAAGAGAAGGAACCGGAAGAUGGGAAAAUAGAAAAAAGCAUUCUAAAAGAGGAAGAGGUACUGGAAGAUGGGGAAAUAGAAGAAGAAGGCACUCAGGAAGAGGAAGAUGGUUAAAUAGAAGAAGCUAUUCGGGAAGACGUAGAAGAGGAGGAGGAACUGGAGGAAGACGGGGAAAUAGA